UCCUGCUCUGACUCCCUCACGCGCUUCUCCGUGUCCUGAAGCCUCUCGUCUCACCUCAGUACCAGCAGCCAUGGCCGAGAUAAAAACAGGCAUCUUCGCUAAAAAUGUCCAGAAAAGGCUAAAUCGAGCGCAGGAAAAGGUACUGCAGAAACUCGGGAAGGCUGACGAGACGAAAGAUGAGCAGUUUGAACAGUGCGUCCAGAACUUCAAGAGGCAGGAGUCUGAAGGAUCGCGGCUGCAGAGGGAGAUGAAGGCGUACCUGGCAGCUGUGAAAGGAAUGCAGCAGGCCUCCAUGAACCUGACCGAGUCGCUGCAUGAGGUGUACGAGCCGGACUGGUACGGGAAGGAUGACGUCAUGACCGUCGGGAAGAGCUGUGAUGCACUCUGGGAGGAUUUCCAUCAGAAGCUGGUCGACUCGUCCCUCAUCACCCUGGACACCUACCUGUCGCAGUUCCCCGACAUUAAAACUCGCGUUUCGAAGAGGAGCAGGAAGCUCAUCGACUACGACAGCGCCCGACACCAUUUAGAGACCCUGCAGGCUUCCACCAUAAGAAAUGACCGUAAACUUUCCAAGGCGGAAGAGGAGCUUAAAAAAGCACAGAAGGUGUUCGACGACUUCAACGUGGACCUGCAGCAGGAGCUGCCGACCCUGUGGGACAGUCGAGUGGGCUUCUAUGUGAGCACCUUCAAGAACGUCACGCACCUGGAGGCCAAGUUCCACAGAGAAAUCUCCGUGCUCUGCCACAAGCUGUACGAGGUGAUGAACAAACUCGCAGAGCAGCAUUCGGACAAGAUGUUCACCAUCCAGGGAGCUCCUAGCGACUCCGGCCCCCUGCGCUUCGCCAGGACGCCCACGCCCCCGGACGAGUCCCCGCCCGAGAGCCCCGAGGACAGUCCCAACCACACGCUGGCGCCCGGCCCGCACCGACCCAAGUCCCCCUCACUGCUCAAGAAGGGGCCGCCGGUGCCCCCCCCUCCCAAAAUCACGCCCACCACGGAGCUGCACCAGGAGCAGAUCAUCAGCCUGUUCGACAACAACUUCGCCCCCGACGCCGCCUCCGCCCCCGCCACCGCCGCACAGGCGAUUGACUCCCUGCUGGAUAUGGACUUCGACCCGUUCAAACCUGACUCCGCUGCCCCGAUCGGACAGUCUCAGUCACCCAUGUCCCAGACCCUGCCCUGGGACUUGUGGACGGCUCCCGCUGCUGAGGCUGUCCAGCCUGGCGCCAGCGACUGGGCCGCCGACUUCAGCGGCCUGGGGGCGGGACAGGAGGCCGCCGCCGCCGCCGCCGACGCCGGAGAGGCCGGAGCGGCCGGAGCGGCGGAGGCGCCGGAUUGGCCGCCGGCGGAAGGCUGGGGGACGGAGGCCGCGGCGGCGCCGCUGGCGGAGAGCGCAGAGGCCGUGACCAUCGAGAUCGCCGAGACCAAAAUGACCGAGGCUGAGACCGCCGAGACCGAGACCAAAAUGGCCGACACGGAGACCGCAGAGAUCGAGACCGCCGCCGAGGACGCGAGCGUCGAGGUCGAGACCGCCAAAGCCGAGGUGUCCAACAAUGCACUUAAUGGAGUCACGCAGCCUGAGGCGGGUGCCGCCGCGGUUUCUGCCGAUUCUAACCAGGGUGCGCUCGAGGCGACGUCUGAGCCGGAGGCUGCGGCCCCUGAGGCCGAAACAGAGGCCGCGCCCGAACCCGUGUCCGAGACGGGCGAGGCCCAGGAGCCGCCAGCCGCUGCCGAGGCUUCUGAAACCAGCCCGACCGCGGAAAAACCUGCGGACACCACUGAGGCGGAGGUAGCAGAGCCCGUGGUGAGCCCGGAGGCAGAGUCCCCUGAGAUAACUCCGCCCACUGACGCUGAGAAACAGCCCUGUGAUGAAGCUGCCCUGGAAACGGCUACAACCGAGGAGGUCGAGGUGGGGUCCCCUACCGCAGAGGCUCCGGCCCCAGCAGAGGACAAGGAGUCCCCAAAAGAGCAGACUCUGACUGUAGAGCCAGAAGGGGGGGAGGAAGGCAAACAGGAAGGGGCUGAAGAGACUGAGGCAAAGGAGGAAAAGAUGCCUAUCCCAUCAGUGGUGAUCGAACCUGCUUCCAGCAACGAGGGUGACGAUGACCGCGACGGCGACAUCACUUCCCCCACUGUGUCCACUGGCAAUGGGGUGACCCCUGAGAGUCAGCCAGGGCCCCCUGGGAUGCCCCCUGGAUUCCUCUAUAAGGUGGAGGCGCUGCACGACUUUGAGGCGGCCAACUCCGACGAGCUAGAACUGAAGAAGGGGGACGUGGUGCUGGUGCUCCCCACAGAGAACAUGGAAGAUCAGGAUGCCGGCUGGCUCACAGGAAUCAAGGAAUCUGAUUGGCUCCAGCAGGGAGGCACGGCCCCAAAAGGCCUUUUUCCGGAAAAUUUCGUCCAGCGCUCGGAGUGAGAAGCUGAGCCGCGAAACGGCAGUUGGCGAGAACCCAGUGACUUCCAGACCGGACCGGGCAUUUCAGCCCGCUACCGCCCGUACAGACGAAAAGGCUUUAUCAGGCAGACGCGGGUUCGUUUUUUUAAUUUAUUUUAUUUGUAAAGGAAAUGAACAGUGAUCAAAGAGAAUGACCAGCUGUGUGGACUUAACGGCCAACCGCCCUCAGAAACAAGUCGUUGAGUGUUUUCGUUUGUAUACCUGUAAGCGGCGAAUAAAUUUGGUGUGUGCUUUGUUGGAGCUACGACGACGUCCACAUUUAAUCCCUGUCUGUUAAAGGAAAACAAGAAAGUGAAAUUCCUUCUUUGAAAAACGAUGACCUUAUCUUCCCUACACUAAGUGUGUUGUAUAAAUUUGGUUGUUCGAGGAUGCAGCGGAUUUUUUCAGCCCUUGAUAUGAGUAGUGGUACGACCUAUUUAAAAAGUUUGAAAGUGUUACAUGAAUUUUUUUUCAGUGUUUUAUUUCUGACAUCAAUGUUACAUUGUUGCAUCAUUGUUAACGUUCCUCUGUAGUUUCAUGGCUGAAUGUGUACGGCUAAGAUGAUAUUUGGUACACUUGGUGUUGAUUUUGUUAAUGGACAAGACUUGCUACUCUUUUGCCAAAAAAAUUAUAUAUAUAUAUAUAUAUAUAUAUAUAUACAUUAUGAAAUGAAAUUUACAAAAAAAUUAUUAUAAACCAAGCUGUUAACGAAAUAUCUUUGAGAGGAAAAAAUGCAACUGUGGACCAAGCAGAUGAAACUUUUCAAACAUAAUCUCAAUACAAGCUCCUUACCUGAACAUGAGAGAGAAAAAAAUAUAUAUAUACCUUCACAUAAAUAUUUACCAGCACAUGAAAUAUAUAAUUCAAACCGGGUCAUCCUAUGGAAUUGUAUAAAGGCAUUCAUUUAUGAAUAACAGCAAUUAUGCAUAAUAAUAUAUUCACCUUUGCAUUUCUUUGAAGUCAAAGAUCACAGGAAUGGUGCUAGGGUGAAAAAUCAAGUAUGCAAUACAUGUAACCAUUGAUAUUGUUUCCAUAGUUGCACUGUUCAGUUUUCAAGAAGUCCAAUGGCAUUUCAGUGUACGUGCAGUCAGUGCUCACAUUAGAUUUUUUUUGUUUUUGUUUUUUUUUGUAAUGUACAUAUCUGUGGUUAUUUAUCUAAAGGUAAAUAAAGAAUAGUUACUAAUUAUA